GCGCUCCUGUCGCAAGUCGCAACUGCCCGACUUCCCUGAACUUCCCCAGAGUUUCAUUCCGUUUUGUUGACAGAAUUCAUCUAUCAACCCUCUGUGAUACAACAAGCAUCCCGAUUGACCCUAGUGUUUCCCGGCUAUCCAAGUUCAUCUCUGCGACAAUAUGGCGACAGACACCAAGGACGCGAAGGACGUGAAAGACGUCAAAGAUGAAACUCCUGCCGACACUCGGGAUGCGCUCGAAGUGCUAGAAUCCGAAGCCAAGGAGUGGGACAAGGAUGCCGAAAUAGACCGUAUCCUCAAAGCCUUCCGGCUCGACGCCUACACAGUCCUCGGCCUCAAGCCCGGCGUGACCGAAUCCGACAUCAAGAUCGCCUACCGCAAAAAGUCCUUGCUGAUCCAUCCCGACAAGACCAAAAAUCCCUUGGCGCCCGAGGCGUUCGACCGACUGAAGAAGGCGCAAACGGAGCUGAUGGACGAGAAGCACCGCAAGAACCUAGACGAAGCCAUCGCGGACGCGCGCAUGCUGCUGAUCCGCGAGAACAAGUGGACGGUCGACAGCCCGGAGCUCAAGACGGCCGAGUUCGAGAAGAAGUGGCAGGAGAAGACCAAGUUCGUGCUGAUCGAGAACGAGCAGCGACGACGCAGACAGCUCAAGGCGCAGAUGCAGGAAGAAGGUCGCGAGCAGCGGAAAGCUGACGAGGAGGCUGAGCAGCGCAAGCGCAAGAGGCAACACGAAGAGGACUGGGAGAAGACGAGGGAUCAACGCAUCGAUAGUUGGCGCGCGUUCCAAAAGGGCAAGUCCGGGGAUUCGGAUAAGAAAAAGAAAAAGAAGUUGAAGCCUAUUGGCUGAACUGAUUGACGACACAAGAGAACCUGCAUGCUCUCUCAUAUGAGCGUGCGCAGCAGUACUUUACGGCAAUUGCAACAUGUGUUCGUCGACGACACAGCAGCGGAGCUUAUAACGGGUCGAAGGAAGCCAUUUUUUCAGGCUUGGAGGAAUGGGGGUGUUAAUACGCAAAGCUGGGGUCGCGACUUGGUCGCUUUUGGGAGAAGGUGUGCUUAUGGACAUACAUAUACACGACAGAGAAUCAUGCAUCAUCAUUCUCAGGUAUCUUAGCAGCUACGUCAUCU